UUGUUUUUUAGUCAUAGACAUAAAUUCUCAAAACCCCGUGUGCCCAUUAAGAUAAUAAUAUAUAUUGUGUUGAAACCGACUUUUUCAGAGCCAGUAGAGUCGAUGCUACUAUGGCGGGUACGCGUUGAACACGGGUCUUCUGCUCUAAAAAAAGUGUCACAGCGAUGCUAAAUGCUCUCGAACAAAUCCCACCAGUGGUCACUAUGCAAUGCUGCAGCUUUUGUGGCGGUAGCCUUUGCUGCCAUCGCAACUGUAUCGCCAGAAAAAACCAACUCUUCGGUUUUGACCGGACAUGACUUUGGCGGUUUCGCGUGUGCGAGCAGCCCUUGCGUGUAUGGCAUAUGCGUUGACCAAGCACACAAUUCAUACACUUGCUAUUGCAUAGACGGUUACACCGGUGUUCGAUGCCAGACCAACUGGGACGAGUGCUGGUCUUCGCCUUGCCAAAAUGGAGGGACUUGUGUGGACGGUAUUGCUGAUUUUAAUUGUUCUUGUCCGGAAGGCUAUACAGGGCACGACUGCGAAUUUAACGUUGACGAGUGCCAGUCAAACCCGUGCCAGAACAACGGAACCUGUAUAGACUAUACUAAUAGCUUCGUGUGCCAAUGUCUCGCUGGAUACGCCGGAACGACCUGUGAAGUGGAUUUGGCAGUAUGCAAUUCUACCGGGGAAACGAUAUGCAAAAACGGCGGUGAAUGUGUUGAGGGACCCGGCAUGACUUUUUCCUGUAUCUGUUCGCCGGGUUGGACGGGUCAAACGUGUGACAAAGAAGUCGACCAGUGCUCGUCUGGACCUUGUCAAAACGGCGGCGCUUGCGUGAACAAACAAACUUCUUACUAUUGCGCAUGUCUUUUCGGCUAUACUGGCCGUGACUGUGACGUAGCCCUGCGCCUGUGCGACUCUCACCAGUGCCAAAACAACGCUCUGUGCUUGGUCGAAGAAGACGUGUCCGUCUGUUACUGCGUACCCGAUUUUCACGGGAAACACUGUGAAUACCAAUACGACGAGUGCCAGUUGGCGAACAGGUGUCUAAACGGCGGUACAUGCGUGGACGGAGUUGACGGUUACACGUGUUCGUGUCCCAAAGGCUUGUCGGGUAAGGACUGCGAUUGCGCGGUCAUCGACGAUCACACCGUCAACUGUACUGGCUGGAUAACGCCAUACAACAGCACCGUCGAAGAGACUACUGCCGCCUUUAGCAGCACUCCAAUACCAGAAAGUCGCUUCACUACUACUUGGACCGUUCCCAAUUCAGAAACCGUUCCCACUUUCAUCACCUCCACCUCGUGGGACGACGACUAUUCUCAUACAGGGUUCCGAAUACUCUCGACAACCACAACUGUAGCAUCUACCACAUUCGGCGAACAGGAUCUGGAAUCGGUUACUCCUCUUUUCAACACCGAGAUGCCACCGGAUACCUUUAGGACUUACGAUACGACCGCUGUCCAUACGACUACAACCGAACUCACCACUGUCGAAGCCACGACCGCGUUUCCUUUGUCAAAUUCGUUCAACGAACCGACCCAAGUUGCCGCCAACACUACCGAGGAAAAUGCUCGUGGGUUCACCGCCACCACCGACACUUUUUCUACUACCACCAAAACUAUCGCCACGACUUCUACCACUACCCCUCCCGAGACUACAGAGUUUUUCAGUAUGUACAUGACCACAACGACCAGUUCCAAACCACUUGUCGACUCCACAGCCACGACCGGUAGUCCGGAUGGCGCCGGAAAGACAGUACCACCCACCCGGACUCCACUAGUGGCCACAGACUAUCCUACUUACUCGCCGACCGAAAACGUGGCCAUGCUCACCACAUUUUACGACAAUUUCGACUUUCAUUUGAAUUUCACCACCGAUUUAUCAGCCGCGACCGAGCGGGUCAAGACCGGUAGCAGCAUCUGUGCCUUAUGUAUCAAUGGUAAAUGCGUGAAAUCAAAAACGGGAUUUCAGUGUAAAUGCUCGUUCGGCUGGAAAGGAGAAAUGUGCGACGAAAAGAUCAAUAUCAAAGUGCCGGCGUUCACGGGAAAAUCUUUCUUAAGUCACAGAUUGUCCAACCGGUCAGGCACCCAAAUAGCCAUGGAGUUACGGACUCUGGCGCCAAACGGAAUACUGUUUUUCGCACAAGUAACCACACACAUGUACAUGUGUCUCUACUUACAGGACGGACUUUUGAAAUUCCAAUUCUCCUGCGGAGUACAAACCAUGUUGUUCAGCGAAACCAGGUACCGUGUGAACACGGGUCACCAUCUUCUUCUGACGGCCACGCUUGAGCACGCUAUGUCACAUUCCAUGUCGGAACACUGUAAGGCGUCGCUGAGGGUAAACGACACGUUGGCCAUGAGUGGAGAACAGGCGGCCGACACGACUUUAUCCAAGAAAAUCUCCAAGUUGUACCUUGGCGGACUGCCGCCGGAUCAAAACGCCACCGAAAUGCCAGUAGCGAUUGGAAUCACUGGUUGUAUUACACACUUAAAGAUCGACGAAGUGGAGCAUAACGUUUACGAGAACGCGAUAGACGGCCUCGGAGUCAUAGAGUGUGCUUCGCUGACAUGUUUGUCGAGUCCGUGUCAGAGCUAUGCCACGUGUGUCGAAUUUGGAGACUCGUGGAACUGUCUAUGUCCUUCAGGAUUCGUUGGCAAAAACUGUGAAAAGUCUGUGUGCGAAAACAACCCGUGCAAGUUCGGCGCCACUUGUGUGAUUUAUCCCGGCAGCGGUUUCAUUUGUCUGUGCCCGUUGGGCAAGCACGGGAUGUACUGCGAACACGACCUCGAGAUAGGCGACCCGUUUUUUCCGGGCAGCGUCAGCGGGCUGUCUUCGUACGCCGCCUAUUCCAUACCGGCCGAGAUCCAUCAGAGUUUCGAGUUGUCCCUGCACUUUGUGCCCAACUCGGUUGACCAAAUAGCCCUGAUGAUGUACAUCGGACACGACGCCUCCUCUGAUCACGUCGCGUUGAGCUUCAUAAAAGGAUACAUAGUGCUUACUUGGAACUUGGGCGCGGGCCCAAGAAGAAUAUUCACACCGAAGCCGAUCGACUACACACCAAACAAAGCGCACGUGGUCAAGUUAGGCAGGAACGGCAAGACUGCGUGGCUGGCCGUUGACAAUUUCGCCAACGUCACCGGACAGUCGGUGGGUCGUUUGACUCAGCUCAAUACCAGCCCCGUCAUUUAUCUAGGUGGUCACGAAUCUCCGGGAUUGACGGACCUUCCCCACGAUUUGCCGUUACACACCGGAUUCGUAGGGUGCAUGAGUUCGGUGCAGUUGAAAGCCGGCCACGUGACAAUGCCGUUAAGUCUGACCCAUGCCUACACAGCCAUCAACUCGGGCAGAUCUGUGUCGCAGUGUUCGACCAACGAGUGCUACCGGAAUGACAUAUGCCAACACAACGGAGCGUGCAUCCAGCACGGUUCUUCUUUGGCGUGUGUCUGCGCCGACGGUUGGUUCGGUCCUGUUUGCGCUCAUCGGUACAACGCUUGCGAUUCCAACCGGCACGUCUGCGCUGAAGGAUCGACAUGUGUUCCCGUGGGAUCAGCGUACGAAUGCGACUGUCCCGUCGGCCGAUCCGGCAAGAAUUGCGAGCGCCAAGAGCGGCUGUCUGACGUCAGGUUCACGGGCAAACGUUCGUUUUUGUCAGUGCCGAUGGAGGCCGAACCGAAUGCACAACAAUUCAGCAUCGAGCUCGAGAUCAAACCUACUAUCGACGAAGGAAUAGUGUUUUUCGUUGAGUACGAUCGAGACCAGAAGAAGUUCUUGUGCUUGUCGCUGUACGGUGGCAUACCGGAGCUAACCGUGUCCGUCCAGAGCGAAGUUCAACGUGUCAACGACGUGGUUGUAGUGCGAAGCAGCAGAGUGUUGACGCUGUCUGAAUGGCACAGCGUGAGGGUGGGUCGUUAUCGUCGCAAGCUGUACUUGUGGGUGGACGGCAUGAUCAACUACGCGAUAAUGAGACCGUCCGAGGCCAUAACGAAUUUCGACAAUUCCAUAUACUUCGGAGGAUUGCCGGACUUGUCCAGGUUACCCCGGGGGGCUACGGCCGGACUUCCGGUACCCUACGCCGGAUGCAUACGUCGACUGUCCAUCGACUAUGAGGUGAUACCUUUGAAUUCGUCGACAAUCGCCGCCGGUAGGAACUUGGCCGACUGCGACGGCACUCCUUGCGGCGGAGACCUGUGCUAUCACGGGGGGAACUGCUGGUUGGACAUGGACAUGAAGCCGCACUGUCACUGUCCAAGGGAAUUUACCGGCGACUCUUGCGGCAAACAAGUGUCUUGCAACGAAUUCAAAUGCCAAAACAAUGGUCAAUGCGUUCAGAACAGCAACGGGUCGUCGUCGUGCCAAUGUGCUCCCGGAUGGGACGGUCCAUUUUGCACAAAAGAACUUCCCACUGGCCCGCCGCUGUUCAGAGGACACGGAUACAUGGUUCUCAGUAAACUGUCUUCGCUCACUAAACGAGAAGACAAAGACGAAGACGACACCACCGACGAGCAGUUUAUGAGUUUGAAAUUUUCGACCACCUACGAGGAUGGACUGAUCUUGUGGACGUCACGGGAAGAAUGGUACAUGGGCUUAGGCGUCAUCGACGGGCUGUUGACGUUGACUUGGGGCCAAAAAUACAAAAGACCCAUUACGUUGACCGCACCUUUGGACAACAUUACAAACGGCGAAUGGCACAUGGCCAGAUUGAAUGUUAGCAAGUCGGAUUUGACCUUAGAGCUGGACGAUUGGGUAUCUGAAUCGUGCCAACACGACGUCGACGUGGAGCUCAACGACAACAUAAUUUAUUUGGGUGGCGUUCCCGAAGAUGUGUACUUAUACAGACAAGAUUUGUUCAAAGGCAAUUUCCGAGGGUGCAUCGAUCAGCUGAUCAGCCAGCAAGACGUCAUAACCGAUUUCAAACGUUACGAAAGCGUCAAUGUAGAUUUGUGCGACAUCUGGUAAGAUAAAUCCGGUACGGACAUCACACCGUUUGUCUUGUCCUGAACUAACGCUUUUCCAACAGUAUAUUGUUAUACCGUGUACCGUAGUAAACAAGUUUUUAAACCCUAAAAAUUGUAUAAAAAAAAAUGAUUUUCCUAUAACGUGCAUUUAUCGUGUAUCCCAACGAACAGAGAGGUUGUUCAAAAAACGUUUUACUUGUAUACAUUUUGUAUUUGUUCAGAAUCAUCCUAACAACGACACGGGGCAGGACUGGCGGUGAAAAUACUGUAAAAAAAAACUUGUACUAGUUGUG